UGGGAACUCAGGGCAGUUACCUCCUCUGGAAAUAUUUUACUUUCAGCUUCAGCUAGGGUAAAGCAGUCUGAUCAUGAGACUUUUUGGCACAGUCAUGCUGCUCUCCCUGGCUCUGUGCUGCUUCUUGGAUACUGCCCAAGCUCAAGAAAUACGAGUGGUUAACUGCUCAUCAGUGAGGACUGGUAUAUGCACCAGACAAUAUGACCCUCUCUGUGGCACUGAUGGAAAGACUUAUAGUAAUAAAUGUGUAUUCUGUGAGAAUACUCGAGGGAAAAAACCUCCUAUCCGGCUCAAAAAACUGGGGAAAUGCUAAGGAACCAAAAUAUCCUGGAGUACCCAGAAGCCAACCUGCUUCUUAAAUAAAUCCAUGAGAUUGAUUCUUGUUACAAAUUUAUGUGAUCUCUCUUGAAAAGUAUUUUGCAGAAAUAAAGUGUGGCAUUAUGUAUACAUAUAAAA